AAUAGCCUACAACGUCGCAGCUUCUGGACCACCUGGGAGUACUUUUACUCACCAGGACCUCGUUGACGGCCGCAGUGAGAGCCUUCAGAAACCCUACAACCCAACGGGGAAAAAAGUAAAAUCUUUUAGAGCUCAUUCUACCCAGACUCCACAAUGCGUGAAUGCAUCUCUGUUCAUGUGGGCCAGGCUGGUGUCCAAAUGGGGAACACCUGCUGGGAGCUUUACUGUUUGGAGCAUGGUAUCCAGCCGGAUGGUCAGAUGCCGAGCCGCAAGCCUGUAGGCGGCCACGAUGACUCCUUCACCACCUUCUUCAGCGAGACUGGAGCUGGGAAAUACGUCCCAAGAGCAAUCUUUGUUGACCUAGAGCCCACUGUCAUUGAUGAAGUGAGGACAGGGUCGUACCGUCAGCUCUUUCACCCUGAACAGCUGAUCUCAGGAAAGGAGGAUGCUGCCAAUAACUACGCCCGAGGACACUACACCAUCGGCAAAGAGAUAAUUGACUCUGUCCUAGACAGGAUCCGCAAACUGGCUGAUCAGUGCACUGGUCUCCAAGGAUUCUUGGUCUUUCACUCCUUUGGUGGAGGCACUGGUUCUGGUUUCACCUCCCUGCUAAUGGAGAGACUUUCUGUUGACUUUGGCAAAAAGUCUAAGCUGGAGUUUGCCAUCUACCCAGCACCUCAAGUUUCCACAGCAGUAGUGGAGCCUUACAACUCCAUCCUGACCACCCACACCACCUUGGAGCACUCUGACUGUGCCUUCAUGGUGGACAAUGAGGCCAUCUAUGACAUCUGCCGCAGAAACCUUGAUAUUGAGCGCCCCUCCUAUACCAAUCUCAACCGUCUUAUCAGUCAGAUUGUGUCUUCCAUCACAGCUUCCCUUCGCUUCGAUGGAGCCCUGAAUGUUGACCUGACAGAGUUCCAGACCAACUUGGUGCCCUACCCUCGUAUCCACUUCCCUCUGGCCACCUAUGCCCCUGUCAUCUCUGCUGAGAAAGCCUACCAUGAGCAGCUGUCUGUAGCUGAGAUCACCAAUGCCUGCUUUGAGCCAGCCAAUCAGAUGGUGAAAUGUGACCCACGUCAUGGUAAAUACAUGGCCUGCUGUCUGCUGUAUCGUGGUGAUGUGGUGCCUAAAGAUGUUAAUGUGGCUAUUGCCGCCAUCAAAACCAAACGCACCAUCCAGUUUGUGGACUGGUGUCCCACAGGCUUUAAGGUGGGCAUCAACUACCAGCCUCCAACUGUGGUUCCUGGUGGAGACCUGGCAAAGGUGCAGAGAGCUGUGUGCAUGCUGAGCAACACCACAGCCAUCGCUGAAGCCUGGGCCCGACUGGACCACAAGUUUGACCUGAUGUAUGCCAAGAGGGCCUUUGUGCACUGGUAUGUUGGGGAGGGCAUGGAGGAAGGAGAGUUCUCAGAGGCCAGGGAAGAUAUGGCUGCUCUGGAGAAGGAUUAUGAAGAGGUGGGGAUUGAUUCAUUUGAAGAGGAUGAGGAAGGAGAGGAAUAUUGAAGGGGCUUUGCUGUUUUUUCCUUUAGGUACAAAAUUGGUUUUGGUUACUAUUUAUUAAAUGAAAGAAACAAUACUUUGCAUGCUGGUAUCAACUUCAGAAAUAUUUGGUUUGUUUUAUUUACCUUUUUAUAAAUGUUUAAUUUUACCUUCCAAAAAGGGUCUGAAGUUUUGUUUAUUCAGUGCCAACAGUCUUCUUGUUUUUGACAGCUUUUGGGUGUUUUAAUUUUAAAAUGAUGACAGUGCAAUAACUCCUUUGGAUUGUUUGUGGGGUUGCUCAAUAAAAAAUCUGCCAAACCACA